UCUCUGAUGCGCGGCAACCUCGACUCGGGACCGCAUGCGCGUCCGAUUCCCCAUCAGCUGUUCGAUACAAUAUGGAAGCACGGCUGUAGUGUUUGUGUUUACUGCGAAAAGUGUUCGAUAAACGGCGGUUUCUAAACAUCUCGAGCCGUUUUGAACAGGUUCGGUGAUCCAGUAGACGAGCAGGCGACACGCAGAUAAGUACGUCAAUUGUCAUCGAGCGGUAGUACCCAUGAAUAGCGCAAGUUCCUCGGAUACGAAUGGCUCGAAAACUUAUUUCGUGAACUUUAACCAGGACAGCACAUCCCUAGCGGUCGGCGGCAAGACCGGCUACAAACUCUACUCUCUCACGUCCGUCGAUUACCUGGAGCAAAUAUACAGCAAUGGUACCGAGGACUCGUGCAUCGUCGAGAGGCUGUUCAGCAGUAGCCUCGUCGCGGUCGUCUCUCUGGCGGCCCCCCGAAAACUGAAGGUGUGCCAUUUCAAGAAAGGCACGGAAAUAUGUAAUUACUCAUACUCCAACACGAUACUGGCCGUUAAACUGAACAGGAUGAGGCUGGUGGUGUGCCUGGAAGAAAGCUUGUAUAUCCACAACAUAAGAGACAUGAAGGUGUUGCACACGAUACGGGACACGCCGCCGAACCCGACCGGUCUCUGCGCGUUGAGCACCAACAGUGAAAACUGUUUUCUGGCGUACCCGGGCUCCGCUACAGUUGGCGAGGUCCAGAUAUUCGACGCGAUGCAUCUUAGCGCGAAAACGAUGAUCCACGCCCACGACAGCCCCCUGGCGGCGCUAGCGUUCAGCCCGAACGGUCUGCGGAUAGCCACGGCUUCAGAAAAGGGUACCGUGAUUAGGGUGUUUUCGAUCGGUGACGGGUCGAAGCUGUUCGAGUUCAGGCGCGGCGUGAAGCGGUGUGUCGCCAUGUCGUGUCUCGCGUUCAGCAUGUGCGGGCAGUUUUUGUCGUCCAGCAGCAACACGGAGACAAUUCACGUGUUCAAAUUGGAAGAGUCUAAAGACAGUCCGCGACGAAGCGUCGACGAGACCAGCUGGAUGGGCUACCUGACGAAUUACCUUCCCACCCAGGUGACGGACGUUUUCACCCAGGGUAGGGCCUUCGCCACGGCUUAUCUGCCCUACGGCGGCGUGAGGAGCGUAAUUUCGAUAGUCUUCAUCCAAGGGUGUUUGAGGGUGCUGGUCGCGACCGAAGACGGCGCCCUCUAUAUUUACAACCUCGACUCGAACGAGGGCGGCGACCUCGAGCUCUACAAAAAGCACCAACUCGAGGAUGGCACGUCCGACUCGACGGACUCCGCCGCGGUAGCAUCGCCCCCGGCAAACGCCGAGCCCCAAGCCAUCCCGGGGGCAGCGGAGAGUCGAUCAUCCCCCAUCCCCCCGCCCCUCCGUUUACCCGUGUACAGUAGCGCUACGCCGUUACCCAAUUACCCGACCAAUACACGAUUUCUCUCUGUUACGCAAGGCCUUCUAGGUAGCUACGCAGGCAUCGUGAAAGGGAACCCGUCCGGCCAAAUGUCAGGUACUGAGUCGGACAAGCUGCGAGAGAUGGCGCAAGCGACCGAGUCCCCGCCCAAGGACGCUUUCCAGUUCGGCGACGACCAAGAGUACCCGCCACUGACCCAAAACAGCGACUGAGGCCGCGCAUCGCACGACGUCCACGUCAGGCUGAUGUUUUUCACGAUAAUCCUGAUCCACGUCGCCGUGCGCACCGCAGAGGACGCAAUUUUUUAUUUCGCGGGACAUUAGGCUUUUUUUUUUUUCAUUGUAUCAGUCUAUUUUUCUUUUGCACGCGGUGAUCGAGCGACUCUGCCGGGCGUUUGACACAGAAACAGAAAUCGUCUGUUGAGAGAACCGAUCCGUGUAACAUUUUAACAUAUCAAAAAGAAAACUCGAAAAAAAAAAUUAAACGAAAAUUACUUUUUUCUUAUUAAUAUUAAUAAAAGAACAAUAUUUUUAGGGUUAGUUUUUUAAGUAGAUAAGCCGAAAAGGAGAGCGCGCGCGUGUGUAUAUAAUAAUGUAAUAGGAAAAGUUUUGUUUAAUUUGACGUUAAAUAAUUAGGUUACCAAAAGUAUAUUACAUGGAGGGUAAUUUUUAGCUAUUUAUUUUUAUGUUGGAAGACUCCCUAGCUGGGUGAAACGUUUAAAGUACCCCGCGGUAUACUCCGUUUGGCGCAACGCGGGCGUCGUUUUGCGUCAUCGGUCAUUUGAACUACCGCGGGGGCAUGCGCAAAGUCGUUUUCGUUUCCCCACCACCGCCCCGACAUCAUAUUUUUGAGCUUUGUACAUAAAAUACGGUUAAGGCUCGAUCGAGGUACAUGUCUUUUGCGUUUUUGUGUGCUACUACACUUUUUGUACAUGCCAGUUAGUAUAUGUAUAUUUGUAUCGAAAAAAAAUAUAUGUAACCUAAAAUAGUAUCAGUUUCAUUUCAAAUAAACAAAUAUGUCGCUCUCAACAACUGAUUCUUUUUGUGAAGAAACUUUCCUCUUUCUAGGAUUGUUGGCCGAAGUCAGGCUUUAGAUGGGGGGUUUCAAUACCAAAGGUUGAUUUCUGUUCGCCUGUCUUUCUUUUAUUUUUCUUUCCCAUCCUUCUCAACUAAAACACACUAAAUCCGUCGUCUACGUCGUUGUAGUGAAGGAUGGACUUUUUUUUAUCAGUCUCUUUUCUUGUGUCACGCGCUUUUUUUAAUUUUCUGACA